AUGAGUGGUUUGAGAGGUCAGGACAGCUCUGUUGUGUGGUGGGGAAAUGUGAACUAGAAAUGAUCAGUGCAUUAGAAAUAGAAUAUCAGACUAGUCACAAUCCUCCUAUCUGAGUUUUGUCCCUCCAUUUCCCCACAGAGAUCCGUGAAGCUUUCAAGGUGUUUGACCGAGAUGGAAACGGGUACAUCUCAAAGCAGGAGUUGGGGGUGGCCAUGCGGUCGCUGGGAUACAUGCCCAAUGAGGUGGAGCUGGAGAUUAUUAUCCAAAGGCUGGACAUGGAUGGUGAGUCCCAAACACAAGCAAUUUUAAAUGUGGUUCACUGAGAUAAUUCCAGAAAAAUCAUUGGCCCCAUUACAUGUGUAAAAGUGUCUGGCUGACAAAACGAUUUACGAAAUAUCCACUCUCCUGUCCCUGCAGGUGAUGGCCAGGUUGACUUUGACGAAUUUGUUGCACUGCUUGGACCAAAACUUAUUGCUGCUGGGAUGCCUGAUAAGUUCCAUGGGGCGAACUUUGACUCUGUAUUUUGGAAGGUAAAGUAUCACUAGUAUCACUAUCAGAAGCCUCAUCUAUGGAGUCUCAUUCUCUUAAAAUCAAAUCAAAUCAAAUUGUAUUUGUCACAUGCCCCGAAUACAACAGGUGUAGACCUUACAGUGAAAUGCUUACUUACAAGCUCUUAACCAACAAUGCAGUUUUAAGAAAAAUAAGUGUUAAGUAAAAAAUAGAUAAGUAGAAAAUAAAAAAUACAAAUGAAAUAACAAAUAAUUAAAGAGCAGCAGUAAGAUAACAGGAGUGAGGCUAUAUACAGGGGGUACCGGUACAGAGUCAAUGUACGGGGGCACAGGUUAGUCGCGGUAAUUGAGGUAAUAUGUACAUGUUGGUAGAGUUAAAGUGACUAUGCAUAGAUAAUAAACAGAGUAGCAAUGCAAAUAGUCUGGGUAGCCAUUUGAUUAGCUGUUCAGGAGUCUUAUGGCUUGUGGGUAGCCUUUUGGAGCUAGACUUGGCACUCCGGUACCGCUUGCCGUGUGGUAGCAGAGAGAACAGUCAAUGACUAGAGUGGCUGGAGUCUUUGACAAUUUUUAGGGCCUUCCUCUGACACCGCCUGGUAUAGAGGUCCUGGAUGGCAGGAAGCUUGGCCCAAGUGAUGUACUGGGCCGUACGCACUACCCUCUGUAGUGCCUUGCGGUCGGAGGCCGAGCAGUUGCCAUAUCAGGCAGUGAUGCAACCAGUCAGGAUGCUCUCGAUGGUGCAGCUGUAUAACUUUUUGAAGAUCUGAGGACCCAUGCCAAAUCUUUUCAGUCUCCUGAGGGGGGAUAGGCUUUGUCGUGCCCUCUUCACAACUGUCUUGGUGUGUUUGGACCAUGAUAGUUUUUUGGUGAUGUGGACACCAAGGAACUUGAAGCUCUCAACCUGCUCCACUACAGCCCCGUCGAUGAGAAUGAGGGCGUGUUCGGUCCUCCUGUAGUCCAUAAUCAUCUCCUUUGUGUUGAUCACGUUGAGGGAGAGGUUGUUAUCCUGGCACCACACGGCCAAGUCUCUGACCUCCUCCCUAUAGGCUGUCUCAUCGUUGUCGGUGACCAGGCCUACCACUUCUUUCUUUAUCAGAGUUAAUUAUGGCUUAAUAUUUCCUAAUCAGAGUGAGAUGAUUUUCCUGAGGGCUUUUAAAGCUUUUGUGAUAAUAAACCACAGUCAGUCUAAUUAGAAUUACCAUAAAAACAUGAUAGGAGCUAAAUGAGUCAUUAAAGAAAGGCCAAUUCCACUGUCGUUGUGACAUCACGUAUUAUAUUCCUAAUUGGCGUUGCAAUCGUUCCCCAGAGAUUCAAAUUUCUAUUAAAUUUCUCCAUGAGAGAGAGAGUAUUCCAGAGCAAUGUUCUGACAAUUAAUACAACAACUUUAUUAGUCGCUUUAUCGUUUAAAUUCUUCAUCACUCUGUGAUGCAUAGAUCAUGACAUUGGAUGUCAUAAUAGUCAGGGAGCUGUUCAUGAUUUUAAACUUUAUAACAGUACAAAUAAUUCACAUCAGAGGAGGCUGGAGGAUGAGCUAUAGGAGGACGGGCUCAUUGUAAUGGCUGGAAUGGAAUAUAUGGAACAGAAUCAAACAUGUGGUUUCCAUAUGUUUGAUGUAGUUGAUACCGAUCCAUUCAUUCCCAUUCCAGACAUUACAAUGAGCCUGUACUCCUAUAGCUCCUCCCACCAGCCUCCUCUGAUUUACAUCCAUGUGUCUGUGUUGAGAUAGAAACCCUUGCACCUCUUAUAAUUGUCUAACAUAGAAAUGCUCCCGUGUAACCUUGCUCAAAGAUUGAUAUGCAGACAGACACCUGUACUCGUGGUCAGUAACCAAGUUUCCAUCCAACUUUUUUAUGAGAGUAAAGUACAUGGCGAAAUAAAAAUGUCACAACAGGCCUAAUGGAAACAGAAAAUUUGUCAGGAAAUGUCCAAAUGUCAUCAAAACAAAAUACACUAGACAAGGUGGAAUCUUUUUGUGUCUGUAAAGUUGAUUGUGCGAGAAAUGUCAGUGGGAAACGCUUAUAUGCGCAAAUAUGGAUAUAAUAACCAUCAUAUCAAAGUAAACUUGGAGUCACAUGUUGACAUGUUGUGUGGUCCUCCCACUACAACUCAUCAGGAAAGCAUGCAGUUUAUUAGGCUACAGAUUAAAUAAGUUAUGAUGAACUUCACAGGGUGGUGAAAGUGCAAGGUGAUGAGCUUAAUGCUCCUUUCCAAUAAAUAUCAAGGGUCUUAUUCUGGUGACAUGAUGAUCGAUGCUUGACUGAUGUUUGACCAAAAAAUAAUAUUGUCGCUCUUAUCCAUAAUAAUCUCAUCAUGUAGACUAGCCUACCCGCACUGUAUCCGUUGUUGGCUAGAGCACAUGUGCCAAGACCAGAGUAGGCACAUUUGCUAUUUAACGCAACCGUUUUUGUGACAAAACUAUUGGUAGAGUGGAAAAUGCGAUGGAAACACAUUGAACUUUAGAUUUUUAUUCGGUACAUGAAAACUUAAGGAAAACAUUUAUUUUUGUGUGCAGUGCGUCAUCACAUGCUAAUUUUUAUCCACAACAAGUCCGUUUGGUGGGAACACACCACUGGUGGGAAAAUUGGCAUAUUUUCUUUAUGUGUAUUUUAGAAUAUUCACAUUCAAAUCUGUCGCCAGAUGGAGGGAAACCUAGCUAGUUUGUGUCUGGUACUAUCCCCCAGUGUGACAUGUCGAAGCUAACAGUAGAUGAGCUGAAGAGGCUGCUGUAUGACACCUUCUGUGACCACCUCACCAUGAAAGACAUUGAGAACAUCAUCAUGACCGAAGAGAGCCACCUGGACAACCAAGUGUGCCAAGUGGACAUUGACAGUAAGAGCUUUCAACCAGCCCAGUCUUGUUUACACAUUGUUGAUAAAUACAGCUAUGCAAUAUUUCUUAUGAGCAAAAUUCAUGCUACUGUCUUACGAAGUCUUGUAAUCGAUGAAGUACAAUGUAUUGUGUAUUGUUUUGCUGAUAGAUUUCUCUCUCUGUCAUUUUCUCUCUAUUUUUCUCUCUCUCUUCACAGCGAGCCCAACACAACAGGUGAAGCACACUUGUGUGCGGAAGAGUCUGAUUUGUGCUUUCGCCUUCGCCAUUUAUCAUCAGCGUAAUGCUUAUUGCAGCUAA